CGUUGCGCCAUAUCUUCUUCUCGCUUCACAACUGCCGCAGCGGGUUUCUUGGGAAGCAACCGGGAUUCUGAAGCGUCUUCGAGAAUAGUAAAGGCGCACGGGAAGUGCCGCGGAAGAUGUCGCGUCCUGCGGCGAGGAAAGCUGUGCCCAAGGGCGAGUAUAUUGAGACUGACUCCGGUAACAAAGUCUCUCGACGCUCUGCUAUUACUGGAACAGCAAAUAUCACGCUAGGCGGCCGGACUGUCAUCAUGGCAGACGUACAAUUGCGAGGCGAUCUACAUUCUACACGUCCGGUCCCGUCGCAAUCGGGGAGAGAGGUUACGCCUACCAGCAUCAGCAUUGGCCGAUGUACAGUCAUAUCCACAGGAAGCGUCAUCAAGCCCCCGUGUCGAAUCAGCAGAGGUCAGGUUCAAUACUACCCGAUGAAGAUCGGCGACAAUGUAUACGUAGGUCCCAACUGCACGAUACAGGCCAUCAAUAUAUCAUCACAUGUUCAUAUCGGGGAGAAGGUCACUAUACAGCCCUUUGUUAUCAUCAAAGAGAAUGUCAAGAUCUUGCCGCACUCCGUGGUACCCGCUAAUAUGGUCAUCGCCUCGGGAUCUGUUGUCGGUGGACAGCCUGCGAGGAUAGUCGGCGAGGUGGGAGAAGGCUGGGGCGUCAGUGGAGGUGGCGCAGGCGGAGGGCUUGGGGUCGGUGGAGGCGGAGAGGAGAAGUGGGUUGAGGGUGGCGAUCUGAGGGAGUUGGUGAGGAGUAUCAAGUAGUCAUCUGAGUGAAAAGGGAUUUGGUUUGAAGUAAAUAGAUAGAUCUUCACGGCGUAAUGUCCCCAGUACCUAGAUGGGCUGGUGGCCAUCUCUGUCUGUCUUCUUGAUACAAUUAUUGUCGGGUGUGACAACAAUUUCUAUAUACUGUUCGGACCUCGUUAAGAUUAUAUUGUCC